AUGAAAAUAACAAGGGCGUUUUGUCAGAAUGCAAAAACAUUGGUGAAGGGAUGGGAAUCAGAGCGAUUUCGAAUACAAUGGCCAAGAAAGCAUGAUAAAGUGUUUGUGGCUAUGUCUGGAGGUGUGGAUUCAAGCUAUUCGGCUUAUUUGUUAAAACGCCAGGGAUUAAAUGUAGAAGGAGUAUUUAUGCGAAAUUGGGUAGACGAGGAGGAUGCACCGGGAGGAUGUCCUGCGGAAAGAGACUGGACGCUUGUUCAAAAGAUAUGUAAGCAACUUGAGAUUCCGUUACGGAGGUUUAAUUUCGAAAAGGAUUAUUGGAACCGGGUGUUUGAGCCGAGUUUGGAGCAGUAUGAGCGAGGAUGCACACCGAACCCAGAUGUUCCUUGCAACCGUUAUGUGAAGUUUGGGGCAUUGUACGAAGCGUUGGAGAAGGAAGUGUGUAGCGAGGAUAAGAAAUGGUGGCUAGCAACAGGACACUAUGCGAAAACGAUGAGAAGUGAGAGGAAUGAGGGGGUGGCACUUUGCCUUCCGAAAGAUCGAUGGAAAGACCAAACGUUGUUUUUGUGCACGGUUCAGGAAAAAGCGCUUGAGCGAACGAUUUUUCCAUUGUAUAAUUUAAUGAAAAAAGAUGUUAAAAGGAUGGCUGCAGAGGCAGGAUUACAGGAGAGUGCGGAACGACUUGAAAGCCAAGGAUUGUGUUUUGUAUCGCCCAACGUGGGGAGUCACUUUCGAAACUUUUUGGGUCGAUAUUUGAAGUUUUCGAAUGAUCCGAUACGCGUGGUAGCAAAGGGAAAGGUGGUUGGGGUUUAUCCACCCUCGACGGGAGUUUGGUCAUUUACGAUUGGAGAGCGAUGUGGAUUUAGUCUUCCCCAGGGCGAUCCAGAGUUUCAAGGACGAUGGUAUGUUUGGAAGAAAGAAUCAUCGACGAAUACAAUUUAUAUUUGCCAAGGAAGCGAAAAUCCAUUGUUGUAUCGAAAUCGAAUUCGAGUCCAUCCUUGGACAUGGUCGACAGAAUGGCUUCGACAGAAAAUGAGUCCACCCGCGGGACAGUCUAUGGAGUGCUUUGUGCGUGUUCGACACCAGCAAUUACUAGAACCAGCAAAAGCAUGGUUAGAAGAGGACGGAGGAUGUGUUGUUGAGUUUCAAAAACCUCAACGGGCGCUCACUCCCGGACAAGUUUUGGCCAUGUAUAGGGAGGAAGUAUGUUUAGGAGGAGGCUCUAUUGCAGAUGGAGAACCAUAA